AUGGCCACUCAUCAAAUCAUAGCGAGGUUAAUGAGGGCAGAAAUCGAAAAUCGAGGGAGAAUUCACCAAGAAGACCAUAUGAAACUAAUUUAUGAACCUGGAAACACUGUAGUUGCAAACCCCCCUGGAAAUACUUCAAACACAAAUUAUUCAAACCCAAGCGGUCCUUACCCAACAGCUCCCCCAUCACAUGGAGUUUUACCUCCGCUUAUGGGGAUGCCUCCCCCUCAUCUUCAAGGACCUCCACCAAAUUUCCAACAAAAUCAACCCCCGCCUGGGUUGUAUUCGACUCAAGGGCCACCACCUAAUUACCGAAUGCCUAUGGCUGCAGGAAAUCCGCCUGGUCCUUAUAUGGGACCGUAUAACGCACCAACAAGACCUCCAAUGUUUGAUCAUACAAGGCCCCCAAUUCAAGGACCACCUCCUAAUUAUGCGGGUUAUCCCCCAAGAUCAAGAGGAAGAGAUUUUGGGUCAACUAGAAUAAGAACACGCACUCCUCCAGGGAUAAUAGAUGAUCCUUUAGAGGCGUUUAAUAGAAUGCUUCGGGAAAAAGAUGAGAGGGAGCGAAGGGCUAAACAGCGGAAAGGUCGGAGUUAUAGUCGUAGCACAAGUAGGAGUUAUAGUAGAUCGCCGAAAAGGGGGCGAAGUCGAUCUCCGCGUCGGAGAGGAUCAAGGAGUAGAUCGAGAUCGUUCAGUAUGAGCAG